AUGGUCCACCUCCAAUCCCUCCCCACGGAGCUUCUGGACCGCAUUCUUUCCUUUCUUGCUGACUCCUCCGGCGAAUCCCUUGGCAAGGAACACCAUUGCUGCGGCACCGCCGAUUUGUACAAUGUCUGCCUGGUCUCGCAGCAAUUUCGCAAUCUCUCCCAGCCGCUUCUGUUCCGCAGUUUCAAUGCCGACGAUACUGAAGACCCAUUGAAUCUGCUGAUUGGGUUCACCAAAUGCGUUUAUCGGCGGCCUGAGCUUGGAGAGCACCUAAAGACCCUCAGCAUCGCUGCGUUGGAUAAUGGAGACUUUUACGGAGAACCCGAGCUCGCUGACAUGGCAACCGGCCCCCAGGUCGAUCCCGAGGAUUUGAAGUUCGUUCAGCAGUCGAUACGAGAUCUGCGUUUGGGUGAUUUGGAGAAGCAGUGGUUGAAAGCAUUGGAGAAUUGGCAAUUCUCGCCCGUUGUUGCACUGCUCGCCCACAAGACUCCAAACCUGCGUGCGCUUCGCAUGCCUCAUGACCCUGUGAUCCGUGAUGCACUCACCUCCCUUUGCAGACGGGAUGAGAAAUUCCUGCCGAAACUCGACCGACUGUGGAUGAUCUGCUACGAGCCGUUGGAAACUGGAUACGACAUUGGCUCGUAUAACGACGUUCUUAGCCUUCGCAAAAUAACCUCACCGACUUUUGAGUUUGCGGAUCUGCCUGGCAAGACAUUCCCUGCCGGCUGGAAACCGGGAACCCUAGCGUUCGAAGAGCUAGCAUUCAACCACUGUCGCAUUGAUGCCUCUGGUAUCAGCAAACUCAUGCAGGCGUGCAAGAGGGUCAAGUCUUUCAUCUACCAGAACUUUGCUCUCACCGCAGACGAAGCCCGAGCUGAAGCUCUGGAGCUGCCGGAAUUCAACGCCGCUGAGGUCCAUGCUGCCGUACUUCCUCACAGGAACUCACUUGAGCACUUCCACCUUGAAUACCUUCGUGAACCUUGGGAAACCCCUACUGCCGAUGCAUACCGCGAAUACUGCGAAAACUGCGUGAAGCUUCCCUCGCUCAAGGACUUUCCCGUUCUUGAAGUCAUCAUCGUCCAGCACGCCUUGCUUCCGGACUUCCCGCAGUUCCCCCCUUCUUUACAACGGCUGGAUAUCACUGACUGCAACUCGUCGAUCCGCGACAUGGUCACCGACAUCGCCAGCGACUGUAAGCGCGGCAAAUACCCUCGCCUUACCGAGUUCAAGGUGUUGACCACCGACAUUACAAAACCGAUAAAACUUCCUGGCCAGAUUGUCCCGUUCGGAAUGACACCAGCGGAAUGUUUUCGCAGCCUGCAGGAUUUGUUUAAGGGAACAUCGGUCGACUUCCAGAUUUUUCCGUAUGAUAUACCCGAUACCCUUGGCGAUGGCUACGACGACGAAGACGACGAGGACGACCCUGACGGUCCGUUUGCACUGGAGGGUCCUCCAAAUGGCGCGCAGCUGCUAUCCCAGCUGAUGAUGGUGGCGGCCAACAGUCCGCAGUUCGCCGCCAUGAUGGCGGGCAUGGCGAAUCAUGAGUGGCAAACAGAGAGCGAGGACAGUGACUGA